CUGCAUUCGACCGAAAGAGUACACUUGGCCCCGAGCGAUCGACCUCGAUGAGUGACCACGAUGCCCGCCCCAAGGCCAAGAAGGACCAGCGGUACCGAUGCUCGCUGUGCCACAAGUCGGGCCAGACGAUCGGAUACAACGCCGUGCACUGCCACUGGGACCGCAUCCACAAAGACCACGGCCAUCCAUCGUCGCGAACAUUUCGCGAGUUGCACAUCGAAGUCGCGGCACCAGGGGUCAUCGUCGACGGUGGACACGACGAUCCGGAGAAUGACACGGAAGACGAAGACGGCGGCACAGAAAGAACGAACCCGGCACCUGCCGACGACGCGACCCCUGUCCGCACAAAGGCGCCUGUCGUGAGGAAGAAGCGAGAAAAGAAGCGAGGCAUCAACGAACUCUUGAACGAGCCGUCCAACAACUCGAGCGCCACGACUGCAGCUCCGAUGCAGCAAACGACGGACACGUCGUCGAAUUCCCGCCAUAGUGCACACAACGACCAGGAGGCACAUCAUCCCCGUGGAACUUCGCCACGCCAGAGUCCGCACCCACACCAGCACCAAGAUGCAUGGGCCCGUGAGAUGGAGCACCGCCGUCGCUUCGCCGUCACACAGUCGUCGCAUCACCACCAAACAUUCCACCCACCACUGCAACCUGCCCUGAGCAAUGGCCAUUCUUCCAUCGGCACGGUGCAUUCGCUUCCUCCUCCGUACGCACACCACCCGAUGUACCAACACCCGCCAACCCGUCAUCAUUCUGACAACGAACAGUACCACCACGAAGACGAGCGACUCCGAGGCGUCGCGGCGGCGGCAUUGGCGCAAGCAUCGUCGUCGUCGGCGUACGCUGAGCCGAUGCCCGACCCGUUAGACCCGCGCCACAUGAAGCGAGAGACGCCAGGAAUGAAGGGCCUUCUGAACGACGACACCCACCGCCACCAACAUCUCGUUCAGCAUGCCCAUCAACACCACCACCAUCCGCCAUACCACUCGGCCGAAACAGUCCAUGCGUCUCAAUGGGAGCACGCGUUGGAGCGCCUGGGCCAGCGCCUCGUCCGCGCCGAAGAGACCAUUAUGCUGCUAACUCAUCGCUGCAAUCAGCUCUCGGACGCGAACCAGCAUUUGGGCCAGCUCCUCUCGGGGGUCGAUGCGAACUUGAGCAACCUGAACGGCAUCGUCAACGACGUGGUAAUGCGAUCACGCCCCCCACCUUCAGCCGCCGCCACUCCCGACACGGCCACUACACCUCCGGUGUCGCCUGCAACAACGGGGGCCCCUGCAGCCGCCGCGGUCACCCUUGCUGGUUUGAAUGUCCCCAGCCCCUCCCAGCCACCUCCCCAGUCUCAACAGUCCCCCGCGAAAUCCGCGCUCGACGACCGACCUCACUAUCGCGACUAAAGCGUAAUACACUUCGAUAUGCACGCCGA